AUGAAUAUAAGUGUGUAUCAUAUAUCAGUGUUAACUUUGAUAUUGUCAGUACAUUGUAACAUAAUAGUAUCCGAUAAAUGUUCAUGUUUGUAAUUAAAAUCAGAGAAUGAUUGUUAAUAAAAUAAAGAAUGUUAAUGGUUAAAAAAUGCAUGUUAAAAAAAAGAGGAAGAAGUGGAAACACCUAAUAAACCAGAAAGUAUUUAUUGUAAGGAUUUCUCAUCUGAAGAUUGUUCAAGAUAAAUAGGUUGCGCUUAUUUUAAUGAUAAAUGUUCUUAUUUUAGUGGAUGUGAUAGUUAUCUUAAAAACACUCAUUAAGAUUGUUAAUAAAUAAGUUAAUAAUGUACAAGUGAUGGAGUUUAGUGUAUAAAUCCUAGAGAAUGUAAUUUAAAUAAUACAGAAUAAUUAUGUAAUAUGGUUUAAAGUCCAUCAGGAUCAAAGAAAUGUAAAUGGGAUAAAGAUAUUUGUAGAGAUUAAAAUUGUGAUGAAGUAUAAAAGGAUUUCACAAGUGAUGAAGCUUGUGAUUAGUUUAUAAAAGGUUGUGUAACUAAUGGAAGACGUUGUACAACAAUGAAACGAAAUUGUUAUCAUUAUGAUAAAGAUUGUGAUGGUAUGAUUGGAAUUGAUGGAUUAUGUGAAUCGAAAAAUGAUAAAUGUUAAUCUAAGGAAUGUUCAAAUGCUCCUUCUACAUAUUAUGCUGAUCAAUAAUGUCAAUCUUUUAGAAAAGGAUGCAGAACAACUGGUAUUGGAUGUACAGAUUAAGCAUUGAAACCAUGUACAACAUACACUGGAGAUAGUGAAACAUGUUUAAGAUAUAUUGGAAGUAGUGGUAAAUGUGAAGAAGGAUUGUAAGGAAAAUGUUAAGCUAGAAAAUGUGAAAGUGCUCCAAAAUUAUAUUCUACUGAUGAAUAAUGCAAAUCAUAUUCUUCUAAAUGUAAAACAACUGGUAUUGGUUGUGUCUCUAUUCUAUUAAAGUGUAAUUCUUAUAAAGGAACGAGAGAUGAAUGUGAAAAAAGAAGAGGAGCAGAUGGAAAAUGUACAGGUGGAAGUUAUGAGUAAUCUUAAGAAUGUAAGGCUAGAAUUUGUUCAGAUGCUUUACUAUCAACAGAUAGCGAAUGUUCUGAGUAUUAAAAUGGUUGUAUUUCAAAUGGUGUUGAAUGUACUCUAUUUUUGAUGAGUUGCUCAAAAUAUAUUGGUGAUUCUGAUAAAUGUAAUAAAUAUGUAGGAACAGAAGGAAAAUGUACAUUAGGAGAAAAUGGAUAUUGUACUAUUAAAUUAUGUGAAACUGCUAAUCUUAAAACUAAUGAGGAAUGCAAGGGUAUUUAAUCUUAUUGUUUAACUGAUGGAUUUAAAUGUGUCAAAACUGAUACUUGUCUUAAUACUUUAUAGAAAAUCACUUGUUAAGAAACCGUUAGUUUAGGAGGACAAAAAUGUUAAUGGACAGAACAAUGUGUUUCUAAUUAAUGUGGAAGUUUACUUACUAAAGGAAUUUGUAUGAGAUAUUCAACUAAUGUUUAAUGUUUUUGGGAUGGCAUAAGUUGUGUUGAAAAAUAAUGCAAACAUGCAACCUAAGAAUUUAAGAAUGAUACAGAUUGUUCUAAUUUUCUUCCUAAUUGUAUUUAUAAUGGAAAAGGAUGUGUUGAUAUUUAAAGUCCAUGUGAAGAAUACUUUGGAGAUGAAGAUACUUGUAUUUUAUUUAAAGGAAAUAAUCGAAAAAUUCCAUGUGUUUUUGAUUCUGCUACAAAAAACUGUAGAUCAAAAAAAUGUUAAGAUAAUUUAUAUGCUCAAUCUCAAAAAGAAUGCACUGAUACUUUAGAAGGGUGUUUAUUCACAGGAUAAUAUGGAUGUGUAGAUCAAAAUGCAGAUUGUAGUUUAUUUUAUGGAGAUACUUAAAAAUGUUCGACUCUAAAUCAAAAAUGUUCAUAAAAUUUUGGACAAAUAGGUAAUUGUCGUCCUUUAGAAUGUUAUGACAAUAUUUCAGCUCUAGAAGAUUAUUCAUGCAAUUAAUUCAAAUCUGGAUGUGUUACAAAAGGAGUUGGAUGUAUUCCAUCAACAGCACAUUGUACAUAAUAUGUUGGAAAUUCAAUCCAAGAUUGCUCUAAAUUUGUUGGGAAUGGAUAAAAAUGUUGGUAUGAUUAAACAUUUCCUAGUUAAUGUACAGUUAAAGAAUGUAGUCACAAUAUUGAUGCAUAGAGUGAUUAUGAAUGUGAAAUGUUUUUAGAAGGAUGUGUAUUUAAUGAGAAGGGAUGCUAAAAUAAAGAAUUAUCUUGUGAGACUUAUUAAGGAGAUGAGGAUACAUGUUCAAGAUAUAGAGGAAAUGGGUUGUAAUGUGUAAGAGUAGAUUAUUGUGAAGAUCGUAAAUGUUCAGAUGUAUAAAAUCCUACAUCUCUUAAAGAAUGUGAAGAAUACUUAGAGAAUUGUGCAUUUGAUGGUGGACAAUGUAUAGAAAAAAAUUAUUGUGAAUCUUAUUAUGGAUAUUCUUAAGAAUAAUGUUAAAAUUUGGUGAAUUUAGAUGGUGAUUAUUGUAGUUAUGGAGAAGUAGAAUUGUAAUGUGCUAUUCGUAAAUGUAAAGAUGCAAUAAAUGUAAGUUCAUAAAUGGAUUGUUCAUAAUUUAAAAAGAAUUGUAUAUUUAAUGGUAUAGAUAAAUGUGAAGAGGUUUAAUAAAGUUGUUCAAAGUAUAUUGGUUUUAGUGAAUAGGGUUGUAAAGAUGCAAAAGAUUUAGGAGGAUAAGGAUGUUGGUAUGAGAAAGAUGGAUAAUGUAGAAGUAGAGAUUGUACAGAAAUGUUAACAAACUAUUCAAGUGAGAUAUGUUAAUAACAUCAUUCUAGUUGUAUUUAUACUGGAAUUAAAUGUACAAAGAAAUAGAAUAAUUGUUCUGAUUAUUUAACAUUAAGUCAAAGUGAAUGUAGAUAUUUAACAAAUUGUUGGAAAUAAGAUGAUAAAGAUGGACCCUGUUCAGAAAGAUCAUGUAAUGAUAGUGUUGAAUCACCAUCAGAUAAGAAUUGUAGAUUACAUUUAAAUAAGUGCAGAUUUGAUGGUGAUAAUAAAUGUGUUGAUGAAUAAGAGUAAUGUGGGAAUUAUGUUAAUUUUACUAUCAGUGCUUGUAAAGAAGUUACUACAAAAAGUGGAGAGAAAUGUUGGUUUAAGGAAUCAAGUACUAAUUGUGUGAAAAGAACAUGUUAAGAUAAUUUACCAUAUUUCUCACCUUAUGAAUGUGUUAAUCAUUUAAGUACUUGUAGAUAUUAUGGAAUUAGAUGUUAAGAUGCAAAAGAUACUUGUUCUGAAUAUACUGGAUUCUCUUAAGAAGCUUGUUAAUUUGUCAAAACUAAAAAUAAUAUAUCAUGUUGGUAUUAAGGUUCCAGUACAAUUUGUAAAGAUGCAUCAUGUGAUGAUUAUAUUUAAAAUGCUUCAAUAGAAAAUUGCAUCAAACAUUUACCUAAUUGUAGAUUUAAUGGAAUUAAAUGUAUGUAAGCAAGAGCUAGUUGUAAUGAAUAUAUAGGUACUAAUGAAUUAUGCUCAUUAUUAACUGAUGCUAAUAAUAAUUAAUGUUGGUAUGAUAUUAGGAAUACUUCAGGUAUGGAUUAUAAUUGUAUUAAGAAGGAAUGCUCAAAUAGAUUAGAAACAUAUGAUUUUGAAGUAUGUUCUAACUAUAUUGGUUAAAUAGUUAACAAUAAAUAUAUUCCUAGUUGUACAUAUGAUGGAAUCAAAUGUGUUAAUAUUUAAUAAGUUUGUGGACAUUAUAUUGGAUACAAUAGUGAAUAAUGUUUAUAAGUAACAACUCUAAGUGGUGAGCUCUGUUUUUAAGAUCCUAAUAAUUCUAAUUAGGUUUGUAGAACCAGAGUUUGUUCUGAUAAUAAUACAGCUGUCAAUGAUUUCUAAUGUGAUUAAUUCUUAAAAGGAUGUAAAACAACUGGAAAAGGAUGUACAAAUUCAACAUCAUAAUGUAAUACUUAUAGAGGAACAAAAUCUAGCUGUUUGAAAUUUAUUGGUAAUGAAAAAAAAUGUAAAGGACUUGAUUUAACAACCAAAUGUUCCCUUAGAGAAUGUUUUCAUGAUUAACAUUCUACCACUGAUUUGGAAUGUAAUUCAUUUUUAGAAGGUUGUGUUACUAAUGGCAAAGGUUGUCUCUCUCCUUUAGAACCUUGCAAUAGUUAUGUUGGGAAUUCUGAAUAAUGUUCUAAAUUUAAAGGAAAUAACAAAAUCUGUUAUUCUAAUAGUAUUGUUGAUAUUACCACAUGUAGGGAUAGAUUAUGUUCUGAUGAUUCAAAAUCUAAAACUGAUUUAGAAUGUAAUAAUUUUAUGCCAGGUUGUGUCAGCAAAGGAAUCGGUUGUAUACCAGAUACAGAACCAUGUUCUAGUUAUUUUGGAACUUAAGCUUAAUGUAGUUAAUUCAAAGGAGAAAAAGGAACUAAACCAUGUUGGAAUCUUUUCGAAGCUGAUAAUAAAUCUUAAUGUAUUGAUAGAAAAUGCUAUCAUAUGACAAGAAGCACUAAUGAUAUUGAAUGCAAUACAUUUUUAAAAGGAUGUGUAAGUAAUGGAAUUUCAUGUUUAACCUAACAAAAUUGCUCAUCUUUUUAUGGUUCUGAUAAAACUUGCUAAUUAUUUAAUGCUUUAGAUAAACCAUGUAAAGGAAUCGAUCAUACAAUUAAAUAAUGUUAAAGAUUAUUAUGUAGUGAUGCUCCUAAUAAUUAUAACACUGAUGAAAAAUGCAAUCAAUUUAAACCUGGUUGUAAAACCACUGGAUAUGGAUGUAUUGAUUUUAAUACAUGUGAUAUGUUAUCAAUGAAAUUGUGUAAGGAAAGAUCUGAUUGUUUAUCUAUUGAAGGAUGUUUUAAUAAAACUUAAUUGUGUAUGCAAAUCACAAAAUAUUCUUAAUGUAUAAAUAAUUUGGAUAUGAAAUGUAGUUGGGAUUUUAUUACAAAAUAAUGUAGAAAUUGGAUGUGUACAGAUGCAAGUGUAUUAUUAUCAAAACAUGAUGAUUGUCAAUUAUUAGACAAGAAAUGUACAACAACAGGAAAUGGAUGUAUAGAAAUAAAUGAUUGCAAUAAAUAUCUAAAUAAAUAAACAUGCCUUAGUGCAGUAUCAUUAGGUUAUACAAAAUAAUGUAUUUGGGAUAUUAAAGAAUGUAGAGACAAAGUAUGUGAAGAUGCUCCUAAAUCAUAUUCUGAAGAUGAACUUUGUUAAUAAAUAUCACCAGAAUGCAAAACUGCAGGAUUUGGAUGUACUCAUAAAAAUUAUAGGUGUGAAAAUCUAAAUGCCAAAACAAAAUGUAUUAAAGAUUAUAAAAAUCAUCCAUGUCUUUGGAUAAAUAGUACUAAAAGUUGUGUCACAUUCUCUUAAUGUUCAGAUAUCAAAGAAACUACAUUCUCUUAAUGUUAAAUCUAUUCUGAUUUUUGUACUUCUAAUGGAGAACAUUGUAUUUCAAUAUCUAAAUGUUCUUCGUAUAAAAAUAUCAUAAGUUGUAUAAAAGGAACUGAUGGUGUUUGUGGUUGGGUUAUAGGAUAAGCAAACUAAGAGUUAGGCUGUCAAUUAUUUAAAUAAUGUGAAGAUAUUUUUGGUAGUACAAAAAAAGACUGUUAAUAUUAUUCUGCAAAUUGUACUUCUGAUGGUACAAAAUGUAUUCCAAUUGGAGAUUGUAAAUCAUAUUUAACUAUGGAGGGCUGCAAUUCAUCUGGUAAUGAUGGUAUUUGUUUUUGGGAUACACGAAAAGAUACACCUAUUUGUAGAAAAUAAGAAUGUUCUGAUAUUCCUCUUGUAUAAAUAAUGACUCAUUAAUAUUGUUCAUCAUAUAAUGAUUAAUUGAAAUGCACAACUGAUGGAGAUAAAUGCAUUAAUUAGUAAAUAUGCUCUAAAUAUUUGAUAAAAUCUUGUUUUUAAGGAACGGAUGGUCCUUGUAUUUUUACUUUCCUCAAAAAUCAAAAUUCUGGUACUAAAUAAUGUAGAGUUAAAGAUUGUGAAGAUUAUGAAGAAGAGACAACAUAAGCUUGUUCUUAAUAAAAAUCUGGUUGUAUUUCUAAUGGCUAUAAAUGUCUAGAAAGAAAGUUAUGUUCUGAUUAUAUAACUGAAGCUGAAUGUGAAUCUGAGGGAAUUGAUGGUAUUUGUAUUUUUAAUAAUGACGAUAAAUGUUAAUUAAUGACUAAAUGUGAAGAUGCUAAUUAAAGUUAAAUUUCUUGUUUAAAAAAAUCUAAGGUUUGCCAUUUUAAUUCAGAAAAAUAAAAUAACAUCACAAUUACAUCUUGUUAUAAUAUCACUUGUGAGGAUAGUCCUAAUUGUUCUCCAAUUUUAAGUUUUGAUGAAAAAGAAAUAAAAACUAUAUGUAUUAAAAAUAAGUUAUCAAAAUGUGUAUCAGGAGAACCAUAUAUGCUUUAAUAAAAUAGAUGUUACUCAAAAAGUCUUUAAACGCAUUCAUGGAAUAGUACAAGUUCCAGAUGUGAAAAAUGUGGAUCUACUAAAGAAAUUAAUAAUACAAUUACAGAUCCUCCCCCUACAAUAGAUCCUAAAUACCAAUAAAUUAUUAAAUCAAUAAUUCUAGUACUCUUUAUCUUAAAAAUUUGA